AGGAGGUUUGGGGACAGAGGUCCUUGCGGCACCUGAGCGAGGGACGGGAAGGUGAGCUAGAGGCAGGAUGGUGCCGGAGGAGUGGAAGGCGCAGGUCCAGCCGGCGCUACUGCUCUUCCUCGCCCUGCUCCUGUGCCUGGAGCUUUGCUGGUGCCUCUGGCGCCGGGACAAGGGUCGUCGCCGCCCACCGGGACCCUUCGCCUGGCCGCUGGUGGGCAACGCCAUGCAACUGGGCAAGUCUCCGCACCUCACCUUCAGCAGGAUGGCCCGGCGCUACGGCGACCUCUUCCAGAUCCGCCUGGGCGGCAGAGACAUUGUGGUGCUGAACGGCGAUGCGACCAUCCGCCAGGCUCUGCUGCAGCACAGCGCAAAGUUCGCCGGGCGGCCGGACUUCGCCUCUUUCCGCCUGGUGUCCGGCGGCAAGAGCAUGGCCUUCGGCCAGUACAACGUCCAGUGGAAGGUCCACCGCCGCCUGGCACAGUCUGCCGUGCGAUCCUUCUCCACGGCCGAUGCCCGGGCUCGCCGUGUCCUCGAGUACCACGUCCAGGGGGAGGCUCGCCAGUUGCUGCGGGUCUUCCUGCGCCUGGGCGCCGACGGCCAACACUUCCAGCCCUGCCCCGAGUUGACGGUGGCAGCCGCCAACGUGAUGUGCGCCCUGUGCUUCGGGCGCCGCUACAGCCACGAUGACCAGGAGUUCCGGCGGCUGCUGGGCAGGACCUACCGCUUCGGGCGCACGGUGGGAGCCGGCAGCCUGGUGGAUGUCAUGCCCUGGCUCCAGUCCUUCCCCAACCCGGUGCGUAGCAUCUACCGAGACUUCCAGCAGCUCAACCGCGAGUUCUUCGAGUUCGUCCGCAGUAAAGUCGAGCAGCACCGGCGCACCUACCACCCGGGAACCACCCGGGACAUGAGCGACGCUUUCAUCCAGGCACUGGACGGGGACAAGCUGGCGCAAGAGGGUCUCAGCCCGGAACACGCCGAGGGCUCGGUCACCGACAUCCUGGGGGCCAGCCAGGACACCACGUCCACCGCCCUGAGUUGGAUCCUGUUCCACUUGAUCCAGUUCCCGCAGCUCCAGGCCAAGCUCCAGAGGGACAUCGACCAGGUGGUUGGCAGGGACCGUCUGCCCAGAGCCCAGGACAAAGCUCACCUGCCAUUCCUGGAGGCUUUCCUGUACGAGAUCAUGCGCUUCACCAGCUUCGUCCCGAUGACCAUCCCUCACGCCACCACCUCGCCCGUGGACAUCAACGGGUACCACAUCCCCCAGGACACGGUGGUCUUCAUCAACCAGUGGUCGGUCAACCACGACUGCGACAAGUGGAAGGACCCCGGCACCUUCGAACCCGGGCGCUUCCUCAACGCGGACGGCUCCAUCAACAAGGACCUGACCAGCAGCGUCAUGAUCUUCUCGGUGGGCAAGAGGAGAUGCAUCGGGGAGCAGCUGUCCAAGAUCCAGAUCUUCCUCUUCACCGCCAUCCUCGUCCACCAGUGCACCUUCGAAGCGAAUCCCGCGGAGAAGCUGACCAUGGACUGUCACUACGGACUGACCGUCAAACCCGUGUCCUUUACCGUGCUGGUCCGACUCCGGGACAAGUUUGUGCAGGAGGCGGCUGAGGCAGACGGAGACGGAGACGGACAACCCAGUGAGUCGACUGACUGCCGGACAGCUCCUACCACGCUUCACACACAGUCUUAAAUCGCCCUGCCUCGCGUUAACAGGCAGCCUGCAGUUGACUUUAAAUGAACACUAUAAAAUGUUUGAUCCGAGCCAAAUACUCGUAAAGAGAACUCGCGCGUUAAUCGGCCCCUUUUAAUACGUUAAAAAAUGUCACAUUAUUUGUAUCGGGAUUUUAUAUCGAAGGGGUUCACACUGUUUUUAAAUCAACUGUUUCCGAAACCCAUUUUAAAAUGUUCCUGAAAAAUACACCAAGUGCUGGAGCAACUCAGUGGGUUCGGCAGCAUCUCUGGCGAACAUAGACAGGCGACGUUUCGGGUCGGGACCCUUCUUUAGACCAUGUUUCUACCACUUUUUCAACAUAUUCCAGCUUGAGAUUGGUCGCGACUCGGUGCUAAAUAGGUGUUGCGAGCGGCGCUGGCGCAUCUCCCGGUCUUCGGGAGAGAAAUAAUAAUCUUGAGAUAAAAUCAGUUGGAAGUGGUCUGAAGGCGUUUUGCCUGAGUUCGUACAUCAAAGCGCGACCCGCGAGGCUCCAGCCCGCAAAACAAGCCGAGGAUAGGGAGCCAACGCCAGAGAGAGAGAGAGGGGGGGGGGGGACCCGGCGCUAUGCCAUCUCAUUCAACAACUCGAUUGACUCGGUAUUCUGAAAACAGUAGACUAAAAUAAUGGACUCGUUUUAUUUUAUGGGCUAAAAAUCGCAGCGGGGUGUUAGCAGAGUUAAUUUGGACAAAGAGGCUGCGAACAGUGAAGGGAGUUCCACUGAUGCCUCGUCUAAAAUGCAUAUCCCGAAAG